AGGGAAACAGACAUCGUGAUGCUGGGUUAGUUAACUCAGAGCUGAGUGCUCCAUAGCGGUCCCAUCUGCUGAUCCGUCCAUCCAGCAGUCCGUCCACCGCUCACCUCCUCAUCCACCCAAACUUUCAUUGGUUUCAGGGCAUAAGCUGAGCAGGGAGGCUGCCACUGUCACCUAGAAGGACAUUUCAUGGCCUUUGGGAAGGAUAUUAAAAACCCCGUCUUCUCCUCAGUCCCUCAUAGCCCCUUUAGCAGAUUCUCCUCUCUCACAGCACAGGCACUCGACACCCAGAGGGAACCAGCGGCACAUCAACCUGAACCAUUAUGCCACCAAGAAGAGUGUGGCAGAGAGCAUGCUGGAUGUGGCUCUCUUUAUGUCCAAUGCCAUGCGGCUGAAAUCAGUCCUGGAGCAAGGGCCAUUCUCGCAGUACUACACCACCCUCCUCACCCUCAUCAGUGUCUCCCUGCUCCUGCAAGUGGUCAUUGGCAUCCUUCUUGUGGUCAUCGCCAGGCUGAACCUGAAUGAGGUAGAAAACCAGUGGCGUUUAAACCAGCUCAACAAUGCUGCCACCACCUUGGUCUUCAUAACUGUGGUCAUCAACAUUUUUAUCACUGCUUUCGGGGCACACAAGACAGGUUCCGUGGCUGCCAGGACCUCCAGCAAUCCUAUUUAAUGUCCACCUAGGUCCCAGGAGCUGGGUCUAAAGCCACUUCAGCCUUUGUCCCUGACCUGUCAGGCUAACUAGCACUUCCCACAGCCUCCUGGAGAGCUUCGAGGACAAUGGAGAUGCCCCUGCCUCUCACCCACAGCACCAGAGUUAAGGUUCGCCCCUUUACUGGGUGACAGAAUUGCAUCUUGGUCUGGAGGCCUGAGCUUCUUCUGUCUGCUGAGGCAGCAUCCGGGCACUCUGGUCGCGCUGCACUCCUUCCCUCCAUGUUCCCUUUCUGUAAAAUGGAAUCUAUCUAUAAAGGUAUCUGAAAAUCCA